AUGCACGCCAUAGGAAAAUUCUUCAAAACUGUAUACGAGCUUUUUGAUGAUGACGACGAAGACGAGGAUGACAAUAACGAGGGCGAGGGUGUAGACGGUGAAGGAGGAGGCUUCUGGGAUAGAUCAGGAAACGGACGCGGGUUCUGGGGGAUGGGAGGAGGAGGAAGGGAGGAGAGGGGAAGGAAUGGGGAGAGGGAAAGGAAGCGAUGGGCGUGUGGAGGAAGGAAGGAAGAGGCGACGGGUAUGGAGGGCAGGGCAAGGCGAAGGGGUGGUGGAGGCAGUAAGCCAGCGGCAGGGAGGGAGCGGCACGGGGAUGGGGAGGGCCCGGGGGUGCAUUUGGGUGACCCACGAGGAGAGCUUCAGACUGACAGCAACGGGCUGACAUGGCGGCCUCUGAUUCGGCUGGCCGAGCAUGGAGAGGGAGGCGUGCAGGUGGGGAAAUGGGCUCGUGGUGGAUCCGUCCUCUUCGCAAGACGUGUCUCUUUUCUCCUGUCUCCCUUUUCUCAGCUUCCAUUCACACACCAGGGCCUGACAUGGGCCUGA